CGUAAUCCCCGGCAUUCUUCUCACUCUUCUGCGGCACUGAAAGCAGUGAGGAAGAUACCCGGUGGCGGCAGGAGCAACGGCCGAAGCGCUUGCUAGAAGCAUCCAGAACUUGCUCUGCAAAUUUACUUCGAUUCUGUUCUUCGCUCCUUCACCUUGAGCGCGUCGGAGGCGGCGCUGGGCAAGGCUAGACAGCAGGACGGCGUCAGCUGCAACCUGCAGCAGUCCGGGAAGGGGCAGAGCCCCCAGAGCCGCUCCCGUCCACGGAGGAACACGCAACAGCACCGACCCCCGUUACGGCCUCCGCGACUCGCAGGAUCCCACCCAGACUCCGACGAGCCCGCCCUCACGCCUGCAAGAAAACGAUUCUCACUUUUCAUUGGCUGACCCUGGCGGAGUGAGCCCUUGCUUCGCUUUCAUUGGCUGCCGCGGCCGUCACGUCCUCUCGCCACACCCACCCACCCGGCGGCGCCCGGUGAGCGCUGGGGGGGAGAGAUUUACUGAGGGCGGGGGCCGCAGUCGCGCCGUACCCCCUCCCCACCCACCCCGAGCCGCGGCCCCGCCCCGCCCCGCCCCCGGCCCGAGGCCCCGCCCCCGGCCCGAGGCCCCGCCCCCGGCCCGAGGCCCCGCCCCCGGCCCUGCCGGGCCCCGCCCCUCCCGCCAGAGAGGGCGGGGACCAGGCGGCGGCCGCAGUCGCAGGAAUAUGCUGGAAGCCGGCGGGCGGAUGCCCGGGCGGUGCUGAAGGGACAGUUCCCGCCGCCAAACUUGCCCCGCGGCGGGAGGGCGGGCGGAGGGCCCCCGAGCCCGCGGGCACGUGAGCGAUGGAGACCAUCUGGAUCUACCAGUUCCGCCUCAUCGUGAUCGGGGACUCCACGGUGGGCAAGUCGUGCCUCCUGCACCGCUUCACCCAGGGCCGCUUCCCCGGGCUGCGCUCCCCCGCCUGCGACCCCACGGUCGGCGUGGACUUCUUCUCCCGCCUGCUGGAGAUCGAGCCGGGCAAGCGGAUCAAGCUGCAGCUGUGGGACACGGCGGGGCAGGAGCGCUUCAGAUCAAUAACUCGAUCUUAUUACCGCAACUCAGUUGGUGGGUUUUUAGUGUUUGACAUCACCAACCGACGCUCUUUCGAACAUGUGAAGGAUUGGCUAGAAGAGGCAAAAAUGCACGUGCAGCCGUUUCGGAUUGUGUUUCUGCUGGUGGGACACAAGUGUGACUUGGCUUCACAGCGACAGGUGACUAGGGAAGAAGCCGAAAACCUGUCCGCAGACUGUGGUAUGAAGUAUAUAGAAACCUCCGCAAAAGAUGCCACAAACGUCGAGGAGUCCUUUACGAUCUUGACAAGAGACAUUUAUGAACUUAUUAAAAGGGGGGACAUUUGUAUUCAAGAUGGCUGGGAAGGGGUAAGGAGUGGUUUUGUUCCAAAUACUGUGCAUUCUUCCGAAGAGGCAGUGAAGCCCAGAAAAGAGUGCUUCUGCUGAUUUCAAACAGGCCAAAGAACUAACGGGAACAGAUUGGGUGUCAUCUCAGGAUAAAUAGCAACAUGGAUGGCAGAACGAUGCAACGCAAACGUUGGAGAAAGAGUUACAAGCCCACGCUAACGCUGUUUUGUAAGGUAUUUAAUUCAGAGCACUAUGCUUACUCGCUACGCUACCAGAUCGGGUAUUUUGCUAAAUUAUCAGGCAAAGCAGACAACUUUUUCUUGAAACUCAAGUGUCUACAGAAUUACUCCCUUUCUCACUUUGUUAGCGUGUAGCUGACCUUCAUGUCCACGUAUAUCAAUAGGACUCAUUUUUCUUGACAGUUUAAAAUGGGUUUUUUGUGCCUGUGUAGUCUGACUGAAAAGAUUUUAUCAGGCAUUAUGUUCUCAUGAGUUAAUUUGUUAAUACUGAAUAGUAAAGUGGAUUUAAAAGUGCACUGUUCGUUUACAAAUAAACAAUCUCAGACAUAUCAUCGGCUAGGACUAAAAUAACAACAAUUCCUUGUAUAAGGUACCACGUUUUUAACCAUUCUUUGAAAUAUUUAUCCUCCCGGGCGCCUGGGUGGCUCAGUCGUUGGGCGUCUGCCUUCGGCUCAGGUCAUGAUCCCAGGGCCCUGGGAUCGAGCCCCGCAUCGGGCUCCCUGCCUGGCGGGAAGCCUGCUUCUCCCUCUCCCACUCCCCCUGCUUGUGUUCCUGCUCUUGCUAUCUCUCUCUCUGUCAAAUAAAUAAAUAAAAUCUGUAAAAAAAAAUAAUAAUAUUUAUCCUCCCUUAAUUUACCUAAACAUAGUAUUAUAUUUACAACGGAUGAGAAUUUUGUUUUCUCAUAUUCUUUCCCCUCGCCCCCACAUUCUGCAGAGGGAGCAAAAGAAGGUGCAUGCUUGGGGCGCCUGGGUGGCUCAGCUGGUUAAGCGUUUGCCUUCGGCUCAGGUCAUGAUCCCAGGGUCCCGGGAUCGAGCCCCACAUCGGGCUCCCUGCUCAGCGGGGAGCCUGCUUCUCCCCCUCCCUCUGCCUGUCUCUCUGCCUACUUGUUCUCUCUCUCUGUCAGAUAAAUAAAUAAAAUCUUAAAAAAAAAAAAGGAAGGUGCAUGCUUUUGUGGACCUGGGGGUUCGUGUAUGCCCUCUGCCCUCUUGCUCUGAAACACCACUCCUCCAAGGUGGAAAUGAUAGGGAGGGAAAUCCCAGGAGACUUAAUUCAAUCAGAAGUCCUGUUUGAAUGUGGUUUUUGUGCAUCUUUGAAGUAGAUAUUUAAUUAUAUUUUAAAUACUUGUACAUUUUCUAGGUUCAUGGAAGUAUUUUUAAUAGUGCUUAUGGAGAGAAGAAUAUAAAUUAUAACAUCACUGUAAGAUUGUGACUAGUUCUAUUGUCAACAUUUUCUUGAUAUCCUUGUAUUAAUUUCACUCGAGUGAGUUCAAACUGUAAUUGAUCAGAUGAGAAUAGCUGUCCCCCCAAAUGUAAAGUCAUCUAUUUUUACUGCUACAAUUUUAAAUCUUGUAUUACAGUUUUCCAUCAGUCCAGAAUGGCACCAACUCAGAAACUGAGUAUCUAACAACAAUUUAAAGUACGGUCCCCUGGGCCUAAUUGUAAAGUUAAACAGCUAAACUAUAAAAUACGAUUUAAGUUUCAGUGGACACCCUUUAUAAUACUAACGUUGGGGUAAAACUAAUAUUUGGCCUGGAGGGUAUGAUGUGUUCCAAGAUUUAGAAUAGAACUAAAGAGUCAGGCGAAACAAAUGGAAACGCAGGGCCCCCCAGAAGUUGAUACUUCACCGAGGUCACACAAAAGCAGAAGCAAGCCUAGAACUCUGCCUAGUCAGGGUUCUUUCCAUUACUCUGCUGUGUCAGGGGUGUGUGCGUGUGUGGUAAAGCAAGGGAAAAUAUGAUCCAGCUGAGUCCACAAAAUACUAAAACUGGGCCGUAGCAUUUUGAGGUUAUAGAAGAGUUGUUUGUGGUACAACAACACUAAAAUGAACAAUAACUACAAAGCUCUGAGUUCUUAUGCAAGAUUGCCAAACAUCUAUAUAACCUUAGCCAGAUAUUUUUAUCCAUAUAUAUACAUAUGUAUAAAAUAACUAUUUUCUUACACAUAAUUAUGGAGAAUAUGGAUAAUGGAUAAUGACGCCAAAACAGUAAAAAUACUUGCUCCAGGCAAAACAUUUUGACUAAGUGUCUUACAAGUCAGAUAUUCUUGAAUCAGAUAUAAUUGAAAUUAUUUAAUUUAAAAUUUACUUAAUUUAAAUUUAAACCUAUUUAAAUUUAAAAUUCAAAAUGAAUGGAUGAUGUAGCUAAUUACUAAGUAUUUUAAAUAAACAUGAUAAAGAAGAAAUGAAAAACUAUCUGAUCACAUAAUACACUUGUCCCUGACAAACACUUCUCAUCUUGAGUCGCGUUAGCGCUUUCAGUACAUGUGGUAAAUGUGAGAGUUCAUUAAAUGGUAAGCUUAAGCCAAAAUGAUUUUGUAAACAGGAUGCUUUUAAAUGUGGCCUUUAUAGACAUAAUAGUAGCGAUCAGGAUUUCUUUGAAAGUUUAUACUAGGUUUCCAAAAGCCUCCAAGUCCUCCAUGAUUUUUUUUUAGUGGCAACCAAAGCAGCCUUUUUUAUUGUUAAGAUAACUUUACCAAUCUGUUUAUCCAACUUUACAGCAUUCAAAAACUGAAUCUAUGGAUUAAUAAAAUCCUUUUAAGAGUGCUUUUGAUUUUAUAUUGCCUUUGGUUCAAUCAAGUACAAAGCUUCCACUGACUUCAAAGAGUGCACUGUGUUUAAAUAAUUUCCUUAGGUCUGGCAGAGUGAUAAGGAUUUGAAAGACUAAAGACCCAUUUCGGAAGCUAAUUCAUUUGUUACCCCCGUAACUGCCUGGAGAGAUUUAGUUGGAAAUGCAAAGGAAACAUGUAAUCUUUAAGAAAAAAAAAAAGAAGAAGAAGAAGAAGAAAGAAUAUAAAGGCUUUAAAGUUAGAUCCUUUGGGGCGCCUGGGUGGCUCAGUCGUGUCUGCCUUCGGCGCAGGUCAUAAUCCCAGGGUCCUGGGAUCGAGCCCCGCAUCGAGCCCCGCAUCGGGCUCCCUGCUCUGCGGGAAGCCUGCUUCUCCCUCUCCCACUCCUUCUGCUUGCGUUCCCUCUCUUGCUGUGUCUCUCUCUGUCAAAUAAAUAAAAUCUUUAAAGUUAGAUCCUUUUGUAUUUUAAAAUAGAAUACAUUCCGAACAAGAGCUAGCUCUUGGAAAUUCCACAGCUGAUAAAUAGCCAUCUCUGCUUCAAAAUCUUUCUAAAUCCCCAUGUUUUCACUAAACUUUCCUGAGUGACCAGUCUUCACCCCAAUAACAAACUUUUCUCCUGAACUUGGAUGAACUGCUACAUGACUUGGUGUUUCUAUAAUCCUAAUCACUGAUAAAAGUAGACACGUGAGUGUUGAGCUGUGACAAUCUAUAGCAAUCAUUACAGACUCUGAUUCGCUUCCUACACAUCAUCAUGGCAUAGAAUAAAUGAAGAGAAAAGAAAAAUUUUAAAGAUUAUAUUUUAAAUUAGUGCUCCUUGUUGUUAUAUCUCUCUGGAAAAUUUCUUUGUCUUUUUUUAAAUAGUGCCUAAAACAUUGUCUUAUCGAUGUAAUUCAUGAUUAUUAUGUUGAAUUAAUCCUAUUAAAUGUGGAUUCCAUAUAUAUGGUUUUAAUUUCUACUUUCCAUGGAGAAACAAACAUGUUUUGCUACAGUCAUCUCUUGCCAGUUUCUUUUCGAGUGACAGCCAAUGGAAGAAAGACAUGGUAUACAUUUUUUGAAGUACGUUAUUAGUGUUACUUGAUUUUAAGUAAUGAAUAAAAAGAAUGAGAAUGAGAACUAUGGUUGUCACAAGAUUGUUACAUUAUCCAUCUUUACUGGUGCUUUCAAAACAGAAGCAACGGUUUCUUGCAAUUAAAUGUAUCCGUGUGUGUGUGUGUAUUUACAAAUGAAAUGCAAAUAAGAAUCAGAUCUGAAAUCCCAUAUGUUACAUAAUACCCUGGUGGAGUGUGGGGCAGAUCCCCAUAAUCAAACAUUUAUAUAUGUACAGCAAAAUGUAUGAAUAUUUACACUAAAAAAAUGUCUAUAACCUGUCAUCAAUUGAGGUCAGAUUUUUUUUUUUUUGGCUGCCAAAUGAGUUAUCAAGAGAAUUAUAGAUUUUCAGAGCCUUUUGGGUUUCAGAAUUAUGAAAAAGGAUCAUGGUCUUUUAUUAUACCUUAACAGAUAAUUCAGAAUUUGUGACUUUUCUCUAGUUAGUUCUUUGUCAUACUUCAGCCUUGCACAUAGCAAGGGCUCAUUAAAUUUUGAAUCGUGUUGUUCAGUCACACAGAAAAAGACUUCUUAGCUUCUGCACAGAUAACCAGUUACACACAUAAAAUACUUACAACACUUGGCACAUAGUAAGUACUCAAUAAAUGUCACCUUUUAUUUUUGUUUUUAGUAGUAGUCUUUUUUUUUAAGAUUUUUUAUUUAUUUAUUUUUAUUUGAGAGAGAGCACACGAGAGGGGGGAGGGUCAGAGGGAGAAGCAGACUCCCUGCCGAGCAGGGACCCCGAUGCGGGACUCGAUCCAGGGACUCCAGGAUCACGACCCAAGCCGAAGGCAGCCACUCAACCAACUGAGCCACCCAGGCGCCCAUGUUUUUAGUAGUAUUCUUACAACCACCGAAUUGCCAACAAGCCAGUUUUAAUCCCCAUGAUGUGCCAGAAACUAAUUGUUGAUAAUUGCAAUCUUAUAGAUCAUUGCAAAGGGUCAUGACUCUCUGAAAUGGUCUGAUUCUUAGAACGAGGGGAGAACGCUUUAGCAGGACAAACAGAAGAUGGUACCGUUCUUGGGGAUGGCUGGCGUUCCCCGACAGCAUCUGACCAAAGGGACAGGUGCUCAAAUGAGUGUAGCCAUCAUGUCUCCACCUCUGAGCUAGAAACAGUCAUCAGCAGAAGAGUUAGUGAGUGUGUAUGGUGUAGUAAGGACCCUCGGCCAAAGGACUGGGCUUCUUAGUUAUGUAUAAAAUGAUUAUCGGUAGCACUGGUUUUUAAAAGAUUUUUUGGAAAUAGCUUCAAUGACAUAGAAUCCAUGCACCAUACAAUUCACCCAUUUAAGAUGUAUCAUUAGAUGGUUUUUCAGAUUUCACAUACUCCGAAAUGUGCAACCAUCACCACAAUCUUAGAGCAUUUUUGUCGCCUCGAAAAGAAAUCCCCACACCCUUUAGCUAUCACUCCCAACACCCCUCCCACUUCACACCACCUGAGUCUUAAACAACACUGAAUCUACUUUGUGUCUCUAUUUGCUUGUACUGGAUAUUUUAUAUAAAUGGAAUCAAAUAAUAUGUGGUCUUUUGUGACUGGCUUCCUUCAGUUGGCAUGUUUUUAAGGUAGUACCAUUAUUUAUUUAUUUUUAUAGUAAGCUCUAUACCCAAUGUGGGGCUUGAAUCCACGACCCUGAGAUCAAGAAUUGAAUGCUCUACCAACUGAGCCAGCCAGACACCCAGUACCGUUAUUUUACUAAAAGAAUCCCCACUAUGUAAAAAAUAUUAGCUCAUUGUACAAAAUUUGGAAAAUAUAGAAAAAUAGAAAGAAGAGGGGCGCCUGGGUGGCUCAGUCGGUUAAACGUCCGAUCUUGGUUUCAGCUCAGGUCCUGAUCUCAGGGUUGUGGGAUAGAGCCCCAUGUCAAGCUCCGUGCUCAGCAAAGAGUCUGCUUGUCCCUCUCCCUCUGUUCCUCCCCGCCUGCUCACGCUCUCUCUCUCUCUCCUCUAAAAUAAAUUAAUAAAAUCUUUAAAAAAGAAAGAGAAAUAGAAAAAGAAGGGAAAAUUGCCAUUAGACUCAUCACCUGAAAAAUGACUAUUUCAAUAUUUAAUGUGUUUCCUCUUUGUAAUAAUACAGCCAUGUUGUAAAAAGAAAAAAUCUAACAAUAGAGAUAUAAAGUGGAAAGUGAAAACUUCCUUUUACCCUCUCCAACUCCCAUUUCCCUGUAAGAGACAAUCACUGUUCACAAUUCUAUGUUUAUCUUUCAUGUCUUUUCCCUAUGUAUUUAUGCAUAAAAUACACACGUAAUAGAUGAGGGACCACACAAAUGAGAUCAGUUAUAACACUCUUCUGUAAUUUGCUUUUUGCACAUAAUAGGGUCUUGGAAAUCUCUUCCAUUUUGACACACAUUGAUUUUGACAGCUUCAUAGAGUGCCAUAUAUAGUGGGAAAUAAUGAUUUAUUUAACUGCUCUCAAUAAUAAAUGCUUAGAUUGUUUCCAAUUUUUUGCUACUAUAAAUAAUGUUGCAAUAAACAUAUUAGUGAACGUAUUUUUUGGGAAAAUGUGUGAGUAAUUUUGUCUGAUGUAUUCCCAGAAGUGUGCUGGGUCAGAGGUCAUUGCACAUAUUUUUAGUAGAUCUUGCCAAAUUUCCUUUAAAAAGAGUAGGCCAGUGAUAUUUUCAAAAAGAGUUUAUACGAAUAUUUGUUUCCUCAGAUCCUUCAUUAAUACCAAAUAAUGGCAAAAUUUUGACAUAUUGACAAAUGAUGGGCAAAAAUAUUCUCAUUUUAUUUAUUUUAUUUAUUUUAAAUAUUCUUUUUAAUUUGCAUUUUUCUGUUCUGGGUCUGAGCCGCAUUCAUAAAUUAAUUGAUCAUUUGUAUUUCCUUGGUGAACUAUCUACUAGUAUCCUAUUCCCAUUUUCAACUGGAUUAUUAGAAUUUUUCUUACUGAUUUUUUUAAAGACCAUUUUCUAUCAUAUGGACAGAAAUGCUUUGUUUUGUAUGUUGAGAUUAUUCUCUUGCAACCAGUAAUAGCUUGUGUAUGUUAUCUUUUGUUGUAAAGUUCUCAUUUUUCUUCGUAUCUUCUAGGAUUUAUGUCUUGAUUAGGAACUUCUUCCCUAGCCCAAAAUUACAAAGCACUAUCGUACAUUUUGCUUUUUAUGUUUACACUUUUAUAUGUCAGAAUUUAUUUGGACAUAGGGAUUUUUUUCUGAAUAGUCCAUUGUUCCAACGUCAUGCAUUCCUUUCUCCAAACAUUUGAAUUAACAUCUUUAUCACAAAAGAUUUACUUAUCUAUAGUUUAGCUCUGUGGCUGUACAGAAUCUGUUUCCAGACUUCAGUUCUACUGAUUGUCUAUUACUGAGCUAAUGCCACACUUUAAUUUAUUGACUUUUUUAUUAGUUUAGUUUUUUAAGUUGGCUCCAUGCCCAGCACAGAGUCCAACGUGGAGCUCAAACUCACAACCCUGAGAUCAAGACCUGAGCUGAGAUCAAAAGUCAGAUGCUUAACCGACUGAGCCAGCCAAGACCCCCCCAAAGUUUUUUUAUUUUUAAGAUUUUAAGUAAUCUCUGUACCCCACAUGGGGCUCGAACUCAAGAUUCCCAGGUCAAGAGUAACAUGCUAGGCGCGCCUGGGUGACUCCGUCAGUUGAGCAUCUGCCUUCUGCUCGGGUGGUGAUCCUGGGUCCGGGAAACGAGCCCCACAUCGGGCUCCCUGCUCAAUGGAGAGUCUGCUUGUCCCUCUCCCUCUGUCCCUCCCCACUGGGCUUGUGCUCUCUCGCUCUCUCUCCAUCACUCUCUCUCAAAUAAAUAAAUAAAAUCUUUAAAAAAAAAAAAAAGUCGCAUGCUGCACCGACUAAGCCAGCCAGGCACCCCGAAUCAUUUACUGAAGUUUUAAAAUACCGUGCCAGAAUGACUAACCCAACUGCUUUAAGCUUCUCCCAUGCCCAUCAGCACCCAGACUGUGGUCUCUAAAUACUCUUUCCCUUUCAAAAUAAAAAGCACCAGGGCUCUUUGGUGAAAUGGCUACUUCUUGGUCUGGGGCAAGAAAUGAACCCAAUGAGCCUGGACAUCUUGUCACACCAGAAGGUAAGGAAGCGAUCCAAGAAUACAAUGGACAUACCAAAAGAACAGAGAAGCAAACCUGGAAAGGCCAAAGCUGGGACAAUAUGAACAUCAAAAUGAAAAGUAGUGGAGUAAAAUAGCAUUGAAUAUUUUUAAAUCUCUGAGUUCAAAUGACAGUAAGAAAAACUCAUAUUUCUCAGCGCCUGGGUGGCUCAGUCAGUUAAGCAUCUGACUUGGUUUCAGUUCAGGUCAUGAUCUCAGGGUCCUGGGAUCAAGCCCCGCAUCUGGCUCCCUGCUCUGCGGGAAGCCUGCUUCUCUCUCUCCCACUCCCCCUGCUUGUGUUCCCUCUCUCGCUGUGUCUCUCUCUGUCAAAUAAAUAAAUAAAAUCUUAAAAAAAAAAAAAGAAAAUAUUCAUUAUGAGAAAUUAGCUCAUAAGACUGUGCGGUCUUAUGACUCCACAGUCCAGAAUCUGCAGGGUGGGCUGACGAGAACCUGAAUGCCAGCUUGAGUUUGAAGGCCACCUACUGUAAAAUCAAGAAGAGUCAAUGUUGCAGAUGAAAUCCAAAGUCAGUCUGCUGGACAAUUCUCUUGCUAGGACAGGUGGGUCUUUUUGUUCUAUUCAGGCCUUCAGCUGACUGGAUGAGUCCCACUCAUCUCGUGGAGUACAAUCUGCUUUACUCAAAGUCGACUGAUUUAAAUGUCAAUCUCAUCCAAAAAUUACUCUCACAGAAACACCAAGAAAAAUAUUUGACCAACUAUCUGGGCACCCGGUGGCUCAGCCAAGUUGACACAUAAACCAUCAAGGGCACCAUAUUCUAUCCACCAUCUCAAUAACUCUCUGCGGAUCAGGCACUGCUGACCUUAAGGUACAUUAUGAUAAUUGUGUCCACAUAAUUUCUGAUGGUUAAGCCUUGCCACCUAGUGACUUGUUUUAGAGUCUUGUCAGCCCGGAUCCCAUCAGGAAGCCAGUUCUGUAGGACUUCUCCCACCACCAGCCCUAGGCUCUAGAGGAGAGCCACACCUGAACAUCAUAGUGAGUCGCACCGGUGAUCCUCUGACCAGGACAUUCCUUCACAUUCCUUCUUGCCUUGCUACGUGAUGUAUCCUCCAGGCCGUCCUGGGCAACACUAGCACCAGGAGAAUUUUCCGCUCUACCUACUACAUCCACUUUGGCAAGCUCACUUCUCUGAGCGUUUUAACCCUUCUACGAUCGGUCAUGGCAGUUCUAGCAUUCCAACUUCCUUGAGUGUGACAUGACUUCUCCGUUCCUGGAGGGCAUCCUAGGAGCAAACUGGCACCAUUUCCUGGGGUUCUUGCCAGAGCAUGAAAUCCAAGAUCCUGGGAAAAUGCUCCCAAAUCAGUAAAAUUUCCCUUAUCCAACUCUAUGUCCUGGCCUGUUGAUAAAGCACGUUCAGAAGCCAGCAGUAACCUACACAGCCCCCCAGCCCCUACCCCCACCUAUGGGCCGUCUCGCGAUUCCUUUUGGGAUGUAGUCUCUUUUCUCCCUUAUCUGGCCCAACCCAGUCUUGACUGGGUUAUAUUGUGACUUAACCCUGGUUCAGGUCUGGAGAGGAUGCACAUAUUGCCUUGUGUGAAGAAAAAAAAAAAUCUCUGCAUCAUCAACAAGCCAAGGGAGAAGAGCUGGUUCUUAAUGGUAAGGGGUGGGCUCUCGGGCUCAGAGGUUUCAGAGAAAUCUGAUGAUUCAAGACUCUGUAGGUCAUCAUGUCUGAGGACUAGAUGUCCUCAGUCCAUGUGUCAGGUUCCUCUUCCUUUUCAAUCAAGGCUCUGACCUUGGCAUAGAAGACCUGCCUUGUAGGGCAUUGAACUCUCUCUGGAGCUCAGCUACUCUGAAGAGUGAGCCCUGGGCCUGGUGUUGGCCUACUGUCAGAGAUGACAGCCUCUGUGUAAGCUAUCAGGGACACCUCCUGAAUUUCACAGAUAGUCUGCAGUUGGCAAUUCAUGCUCUCAGAUUUUCAUCAUCGCUUUCUUGUACUUUGGGAUAGCCACCCAACACCAUUGUACGUGUGGUUACCAUCGUCGCCGUCUUAUAGUUAGCCUAUUUUACUCAGACACCUGAUGUAGUCCACCAGCUAAUGGCUUUCCUUCCAGCAUAUAUCAAAUAAUUCACCACUGGACAAAGUUUGAACAAUCUGUGAUGGUGUCCUCAUCAUAAUAGUAGGAAGUGAUUCAGUUCUAAAACCCCAUUUUAGCUGCUUCUCUAUGGAAACCCUCCUUCCUGGUAACCACUGUCAUAGGACAGAUUUUCCAGGAAGCUGACUCUGAGACAGAGUUAGGUGGAGAUGGCCGGGCCUUUUAUUCUUUUUGUUGAGAAGUUGUAGGAGGCAGGCCUCCCAGAAGAGGUGUGGCCUCGGGUGAAGUGGCAGUCCCUGUGGGGACCGAACAGAGUGUUACCAGCGGACAGCUGAGCUGGGACAAUGUGCCUUUCAUGGAAGGAGGAUCAGGGUGGGGAAUCUCAGAAGCUUACAAGUUAGAACAUCAACCCUGUGGGUUGUGUUGAUUCAGCUGUAAGAGAGAAGUAACCAUCAGGAAAAAUUGAAUAUUAAAUAAUACCAAGAUAUCGUGUUGAUUUUUUGGUGCGUUGUUGGUUUAUUGUCGUGUUUUUAGAUGGAACCCCUACCUUUUACAGAUGCAUACUGAAAUGUUGUUGACAGGCUAUCCGGGACUUGCUUCAAAAUAAAUUAGAAGUAUACGUGGGACAAAAAAUAAAAAUAAAAAUAAAUUUUUUUAAUUAAAAAAAAGUAUACGUGGGACAAGAGUGACUAUGAUUUGCUGGUAUGGAUGGAAGACAAAACAACAGGCUGCCCCCCAAAGGAUGUCCAUGUUCUGAUCUCCAGGACAAAAAAGGAUGUUGCAGGUGUGAUUACUUGAUUAGCGGGAAGAUGAUCCUGGAUUUUCCAGGGGAGCCGCAUGUAAUCACAAGAGUCCUUGUAAGAGGGAGGCAAGAGGGUCAAAGCCAAAAAAGAAGACGACCAUGUGGCAGUAGAAGCAAGCAGAAUCAAAGAGAGAGAAGAUGCUGUGCUGCUGGUCAGCUAGACGGAGGAGGGAGCCACCCGCCCCAGAAGGCAGGCAGCCGCUAGAAGGCAGGAAAGGCAAGGAACAGAGUCCUUUCCGGAACCUUCAGAAGAAAUGCAGCCCUGCCAACACCUUGAUUUUGGACUUUCAACCUCCAGAACGGUAAGGGAAUAAAUCUGUAUUGUUUUAAGCAACUACAUUUACGGUAAUUUGUUAAAGCAGCUGUAUGAGUCUAGUACUGUAGGCGUAUGGAGUUCCAUUGUGAUGUUUUUCUACUUCUGUGAAAUU